UUAAUAUCGUUGAACAGUGGAUACAUGGCCCCAGAGUAAGCUAUGGAAGGAUUAUAUUCCAUUAAGUCUGAUGUUUUUAGCUUUGGAGUACUCUUGCUUGAGAUCAUAACUGGGAGAAGAAAUGCAGGCUUCCAUCGGUCAAAACGUGCUCCUAGCCUCCUAGCAUAUGCAUUGCAAUUAUGGAAUGAAGGGAAGGCGCUGGAGUUGAUGGAUCCUUUAUUGAUUGACUCAUGCUGUCGAGAUGAAUUUCUAAGAUACAUUCAUAUUGGAUUGUUGUGUGUUCAAGAAGAUGCAAAUGAUAGACCAACCAUGUCACAUGUGGUAGUGAUGUUGAAAAACGAAACGGUAACUCUUUCACAACCUCAACGAGUUGCCUUUUCUGUGGGAAGAUUCACUGAUCACUAUGAUAUAGGUUCUCAUGACUCUGUCAACGGCUUAUUGGUUUCCAAUAUUGGGCCUCGGUGAUGGAACCCAUAAGCGGAUUUGAAACUUCAUUGAUGUCUUAUUUUGUGUGUAGUACAUCAACAGAUUAUUGAAGUUUGGAUU